UUCAUUCAUUACCACGCCAGAAAUUAAUAUAAAAAUGGUAAAAAAAUCAUUCCAAACAUUAACCCUGAAGCAUAAAAAAGAAAUAAUUGAUAAAUUAAACACUACAUCAAAAACACAAUUAGCAUCAAAUUACAAUUGCCACGUCUCGACAAUCUACCGUUUAAUAGCGAAUAAAGAAAAUCUAUGCUCACAAUUUCUAAGGAAUAAACCUCCUACAACUAAAAGAGUUAGAAUGAGUUGUUACCCAAAGACAGAAGCAGCUUUAUUGGUUUGGUUUACACAAAUGCGAAGUAAAAAUUGCAGUCUAAAUGGGCCAGUGAUGUUAGAAAAAGCUAUGUUUUUUAGCCAAACAUUCAAUGAAGGCAUUCCUACUAGCAGCUGGUUGCAGAGAUUUAGGAAAAGACAAUAUAAAUUUUCAUAAUGUUUGCAAUGAAAAGGGGAGUGCAGAUAUUAUUAAUGCAAAUGAAUGGAGCAGAAAUACACUCCCAUCUCUGAUUAAAGAUUAUCAAAGGAGUAAUAUUUACAAUUGUGAUGAGACAGGACUAUACUACCGUUAAUGCAAAUGAAUGGAGCAGAAAUACACUCCCAUCUCUGAUUAAAGAUUAUCAAAGGAGUAAUAUUUACAAUUGUGAUGAGACAGGACUAUACUACCGAGCAUUACCAAAGGGCACAAUGGAAUUUAGUGGAACUCAACCACUGGGCUUCAAACCAGACAAGGAAAAGGUCACAGUUCUAUUUAUCAUAAAUGGGGAUGGAUCUGAUAAAAAGUUAUAUGUUGUAGGGAAAUUUAAAAACCCUAGGUGCUUUAAAAAUAAAAAAUUACCAGUUAAAUACUACUCCAAUAAAAGCAGCUGGGUGACAACCUCAACUUUUGAAGAUAUUCUUAAAGAAUGGAAUUCCUCAUUAAAGAAGAAAAUUUUAUUGUUUGUCACAAAACAAAAUUAACAUUUAACAAUAUAAAAUUAAUUUUUUUACCAGCAAAUACAACAUCAUUAAUUCAACCUUUGGACAUGGGUGCAAUUAGAUCCUUUAAAUGUCAUUAUAGAAAGGGUAUCAUGAGAAAAAUGAUAACAUUGAUGGAAGGAAAUGACACCAUUUCUUUUUAUAAAAGAUUUACACUUUAUGAUAGCCUCUAUCUUAUAAAAUUUGCAUGGGGUGAGGUGACAAGUACCACAAUCAUAAAGUGUUUUAUUGAAGCUAAAUUUUUUGAUAAGUCUAUGGCAUUUGAUUGGGAAUCGGAGGAUGAUAUCGCAUUAACUGACAACAAAGAAGAUGAAUUUGAUCCCAUAUUUGAAGAAUAUGUGUUACACGAUGAUGAUGCUAGCUGCCAUGGAAUUUUAGAUGAUCAGGAUAUUUGUAAUCAGAUAAGAUUAGAGUUGGAAGAAGGUUAUGAAAGCUCCGAGAAUGACGAAGGGAACCUAGAGAUAUCUGAUCAUUUAAUUACAAAAAAUCAAGCUCUUAAUGGUUAUUAUACUUUUCUUGAAUAUGCUCAUGAACAUCUAAGGGAUCAAGAUUCACUAAGAAAGCUAGAGAAUAUAGUGGAAAAAGAAUUAUUUACUCCAGAGUCUAGCCAAACUCUUAUCACAAAAUAUUUUUAUUAAAUCUUAUAUUACUUUAUAAUAAUUGUGAUACAUGUAUAAUAAAAUUAGUUCAAAUAAAAUCUUAUGUUAUAAAGCAUUAAUAAACUUUCAU